AUGGAACCAACCGGAAACAAGAGACGAUCAUCGAUUCUCAAAGUUCGCCACCAGGUCGACGUUUUUCACGAAGAAACAGAGGAAGUUGUUACCGGAAUUGAACGACGAGUCAGUUUCCACAAUGUCAAACACGUCAAGCAAUACGAUAAAGAGGGAGGGAAAUUUCUGCACUCAAGUCCGUUAAGAGAGAAGUUGACAGAAACGAUGGAUUCGGACGUUGUCGUCACGCCACGAGGAACGCACAUUAAUAAUCAGACGCUUGACAAUACGAUGGCGAUUUUUGAAAAAGAUGCGGCAAAUCAAACUCGAAACACUGUCCUCGAUAUGUCCAUUGAUGGUGACGAAAAUCGCAUGAAUGAAACGAGAAGGACUGAAAUUGAUAUGUCGAUGGAUGACGUGACCCGAUGCACCGUGAUCGAUAUGUCGGUUGAUCGGCGUUUCGAUGAAACUAAACGCACCGUCGUGGAUAUGUCGAUGGAUCAAUCGGCAGACGAUACGAUGAAAAUUUUCAAUAUGACAAAACAAAGUUUGAUAAUUGAGAAGUGUCAUGUUGAGUCUAGAAGCGUCGAAGUGAAGGCGAACGAGACAAUGAAUAACACGGCUGCCAUCUUCAAUAUAACUAAUAGUCAAAACGUGAGUAUGGACAUUGAGCAAACGUUGCAAACCAAGGUUCCCGAGGAACAGGAUACCAUGUCCGUAUUCAAUAUGACCAAUUCGCAUAACAUUUCGAUGGAUUUGGAUACGUCGCCUUCUCGCCAGAAAAUUUGCAUUUUUCCACCUACACCGAUACAAGAGGUUCCGGAGAAUGAUCAAACAGUUAGUAUGGAUAUCGAGACGACCGCAGAGGUUUUCAAGGAGCCAACAUUAACUGAAAGAUCUGUUCAUAUGGAUAUUUCGGAUGUCGAUGCCGGAGAUGAAGAGAAGCUUGAAAAUGACAUGAUGGAGGUUAAUGCAACUUCGACAGUCUCUAAAGUACAAGAAGCAUCUGCGGUAGUCGAGGAAAAAGAUGGAGGCGAUGAAAUGGAGAUAGAAGGAACACUGAAUACGAGUGCCAAUGAGACUGGAUCUUUUAAAGCUAGGAUGCCUGCUUUCGAUCCAGCUAUUUCGAAUAUCGGUUGGAUGUAUGAGCUCGAUUCCAGCGCUCCUGAGGUUCUCGAAAUGCAAGAAGUCAUAAAAGAGGAGCUUGAAAAACUCGAUACGGAAAAAAUAGAGCAAAAUUGGAAUGAAGAAACUGAAAAAGCAUGGAAACGAAUUCAAGCUGGGUCGUCGUCGAAAAUGAAGUCUGACGAGAAAGAGCUCGUAUAUAUGUCGAGGAAGAUGGCAGAAUUGAGAUUCCUCGAUUUGCGAUUGAUGUUUGCCGAGAAAUAUGCGGAACAGUACAAAAAGGAGCGAGAGCGUGUUGAAAGGGAAACUUCAAAGCUGGAAAAGGCUAUUGAACUAGAAAAACGAUAUGACGAGAUGAAACAAUUUGUUGAAAAACAUAAGUCGAUUGAGCCUUUUAUUGAGCCGAUGGAAUUAAAAAGAAGAAUAAAGAUUGCGGAAAUUAAACAAAUGGACCGGUUGGUUCAAGUAUUAACCGAAAAAACUCGGUAUGUCAAAGAGAUAUGCGAGAAGAUAACACAAGGACAGGUGUGCUAUAAUUCGGCAAUUGAAGAAAAGCGUAUAUUGGAGCAAGAAUGUGCGAAACGGAAAAACGAUCUUCGUGAGCUCAUCAGCCAAAUAGAACGACAAUAA